GCAGGGAGGAGGGGAAGUGGGAAGCCAGCUCAGCCCGCUCCCUCCGCCCUCCCUCCGCCUCUCUCCCUCCCUUUCUCCCUCCCUCUUCUGCUCAGCCUGGGGGUCUGGGCCAGCAACAAGCAGACAUGGGCCAAGGAGCCAGAGACUGCCCAGAGGCCGGGGGUCCGUGAGCCACGGUGGAGGCCGCUGGACACAGGGUCACCAUGGGGAUAGCUGCCCUGGGCCUCCUCUGUGCAACACUCCUGCUCCCUCUCUUGGCGUUUGGGGUCCCCACCGAGGAGCCCUCCUCUGGGGAAGCUGUGGCCUCGGGUUCCCCUGGGUACUGUCAACGGUGCUGUGACUCUGAGGACCCCCUGGCCCCUGCCGAUGAAGCAGUGUCCUUGGCCUCUCCAUCCGCCCUCCCAUACCUGCUGCCUGAGGUCAGACCCUACAUUAACAUCACCAUCCUGAAGGGUGACAAAGGGGACCGAGGCCUGCUGGGCACACCCGGGAAGCUGGGCCGGGAGGGUCCCCGGGGGGAGCGCGGCCCGCAGGGCACCAAGGGCGCCAAGGGGCAGGCAGGCAGCCCCGGCGGCCCGUGCCAGACGCGCUUCUCCGCCUUCUCCGUGGGCCGCAAGACGGCCCUCCACAGCAGCGAGGGCUUCCAGCCGCUGCUGUUCGACACCGUCUUCGUCAACCCCGACGGGCACUUCGACCUGUCUUCUGGCUGUUUCGUUGCCCCGCUGCGCGGCCUCUACUUCUUCAGCCUCAACGUACACAGCUGGAACUUCAAGGAGACGUACGUGCACGUGGUGCACAACGAGGAGGCGGCCGUCAUCCUGUACGCACAGCCGAGCGACCGCAGCAUCAUGCAGAGCCAGAGCGUGAUGCUGGCCCUGGUGCCCGGGGACCGCGUCUGGGUGCGCCUCUUCAAGCGCGAGCGGGAGAACGCCGUCUACAGCGACGACGUGGACACCUACAUCACCUUCAGCGGCCACCUCAUCAAGCCCGAGGACGAUUAG